AUGCCAUCGGAAAUUCUGAGUACUAAUGAAUCAAAUGGAAAACGGAAAAUAAAAAAUAAAGCACCAAAACGAUUGCGUCGGAAGAACAAACCAGUCGAGAAUGAUACAGAAAAAAACGAAACUGAACACAUCUCAACAACCGACAACGGGAUGGAUGAAAUAUCGUAUUGGAAAACGUGUACGAAGAAAGCAAUGGAUCUUCUGGAAAGACAAGCAUCGAAUCGGCGAAAAUUGUUCAUUGAAAGACACCAAGAACGCAUUGAUUGUAUAAAAUGCGUGCUUCAACAACGGCAGCAGAUCCGUAUGCUAUCCGAAAAGUAUCAUUCUAUCUCUCAGUCGUAUGAAACAUUACGUGAUGAAUUACGUACUAGGGACGAACGGUUGAAGAUCUUAGAUGAUAGACUUCAUGAUCGUGAUGAACUUAUUCGUGAUAAUGAAUUCUUGCGUGUUCAAUUUCGAUUAGUCGAGCAGAAAUGUGAACGUCUUACUGUGGAGUAUAAUAAAAAGCUCGAAGAAACGCAUUGCUUCGAACAAGAAGCCAACGAACAAAUCGAAUCAUUGAUGGAUGAAAUCGAACGAAUCAAACGUGAUCUCGUCUUAGAAGAAUACCGUAAACAAGAAGCCGAAAGAAAGGUGCGCUAUUAUGACGAGAAAUUGAUAACUGAACAAGCAGGAAACAAAAAAAUGCAACAAGAUCUAAUUCAACUUCGGCAAGAAUUAAAAUCGAUUCAUAUGCGAUAUGACGCAUUACAAAUCGAAAUGCUUGCUAUGCACAAGGCAAAUAACAACGAUGUUUCCUUGAUACCAACCAAAGAUACAAAUGACAAGGAAUGGCCUAGUCAACGAAUAGGAGACCGAGAUUUUGAUGAACAUGUGGAAACGAAACGACCUAAACGAAAAACUCGAGAUCGAACUGAAUCAUCUGCUAGUAGAACGAGUAGCUCAAGUGAACAUCAAACGAAAGUUGUAAAGAAAUUAUCGAAAAACAAAGAAAAUGACAGUGACAAUCCUUCGUUGAAUCGAAAGAAGAAAUCUUUAAAAUCAAGCCAAACGAAUAAAAACCAUUUACCAAUGGUCACUGUCACGCAAGCCAGUCCUUUAAUCGAUCAACCAAUCGCAGCGGAAAGAGAUGCCGGACAAAAGUUAUUCCCAUCAUCAAGAAGCGUGACAUCGGAUAGUAGUGCAACGACUUCCGAUUCGCAUAGUACUAGUAGUGAAUCGCAGCUACUUAAACCACGAACAAAGAAACCAAGUCGUUAUCCAUGUCGACGUGCUCAACGUCCUAUCCUAGUCAAUCAAUUCGCUCCUAAUCUAUCGCAACCAAAUAUCAAUAUACCAAUCUCGGACACAGGUGUAAUGUUCCGUCAAGAACGAUCACAGUUCUCUUCGCGCGUUAGGGAAACUCAUGUUUCAAUUGUCGAACCUAAUACAAGAGAAACUCAAUCAAAACAAAACAAGUCAUCACUCUACAGCGAUGAUUUCAUCCCUAUUGAUGACUUCUCCCACGAAUUCAUCUAUGAAUCUCAUCUGGGUCGAUCCUGUAAGAAUGUCAUCGUUGUAUCCGCUAGACAUCCACAUAGUUUCUUCUUGCAAACGGUCGAUGACCUCACUCAUGGUGACAACUUUUUCUCCAAGAUGAAUGAGUUCUACAAUCGUUGUUUCGAUGCUCAACGCCUGGCAAUAUCCAAAGCCGCUCUACGUGCAAACUUAUGCUGUGUAGCACGUGAUGAGACUUAUCCGGAUGUUUGGAAUCGAGCACAGCUAUUGGAAUAUCAUCGAGAAACAGAUCAAUGUAGCUUACUUCUUGUUGAUUUAGGCACAUGGCAAGAAUGUGUACCGCGCGCAAAUUUACGCCAUAUAUUGGUACCAUUCCGUAAUGAAUGCGUUCGUAGUGUGCCAUGUCGAUUAGCCGGUAUCGCGCCGGCUAAGCCGGAGAAGAAUGGUUUAUGGAAUGAAUAUGCCAUCAAAACAUUUCGAAAUGUUAUUGAUAACGUUCCCACUGAAGUCGAAGUUCUCGAUCGUUCACCCAAUGGAUCCUAUUUUGUCAACCUAUUCGUUACACAUGAAACAUUCGUCUGUGUAAAUGAUUUUCUGCUCUAUCAUAAAAUUGCUAUACCUAUCGAUGAUUGUAAAACAUUGAAACCCGAAGAAUUAGACCCGGUUACACAUAAACCAUUAUUAGCGAUCAUCUAUGAAUUCAAUCUUCAAGGAGAACUACUAGCCGAAGAAAUCGAAGCCAACCAAUUGAAACAAAAGGAGGAACAAAAAAAGAAAUAUGAGGAAGAACAACAACGUCAAUCGAAUUGCCGUUUACCUUGUGUACGGAUUAUCGAUAUAUUCUCCUCAACACCGAAAAAACUUAUCUUUGCCCGAUACAACAAAUGGGUGAUGAUUCCAUGGUUUUGCAUUAGUAGUCUCUUCGAACCACCACUGUCUGAAAGCACCAUCGAAAGAUUCGCGAUACUUUACAAAUUCUCGCCUGUAAUGAUAACUCCAUUGACAAAUGCUGUGCUUUAUGCUCAUUUAGAAAAAUGUAUGCCAUUAGUUAAUUAUGAUGCAAAGCCGUUAUCUCAUGGCUACGAAACGAAGAUUGCUUUGUAUAGUAUUGAUUGUGUGAGAAAAUUAUUACUGAAUCAUCGAUUUGAUAAUGAAUUCCUGUUCGAACGACUGGAUGAAGGUCGUGAAGCCGAAAUGAAAGAGGAUUCGGAUUUCUGGGAAACAUCCACAUCACAACAAAAUUAUUUUUCUAUGGAAAGCAAGAAAUCCAUUGAAAAAAAUAAACAAUCGAAGAUUGCUCUUCUCAAAUCACACAAAGAUCAAUUGGAAUCUCGCCUUGAACGAAUGACUCUAUCGAAUCGUGAAUACCAAUCAAUGCAACGUCAAUUGAUGAAUACCAUGGAAAAAUUAUGUGAACUUAGUAACGAUAGUAGUAGUUCAGAUUAA